GAGCGAUCGGAUCAUAAACUGCGGAUCGGAUAGUAAUGGCUACAAUGCUGAGCAAAGAGUUGCAGGAUAUUGAGAGUAUCCUGGCCUUGAACCCGAGGGUGAAGAGCCAUGCAAAUGUCCAUUCCACUGCCUCAAAGAAGAAUGAGAAGAAGCACUGGAAGAGAAACCCUGAGAGGAGCUGUGAUUCCUGUGUGAAUUUGGAGAACAACUUUGAUGACAUCAAGCACACGACUCUGAGUGAGCGUGGGGCACUUCGGGAGGCACUGAGAUGCCUGAAAUGCGCAGACGCUCCAUGCCAGAAAAGCUGCCCCACCAAUUUGGAUAUCAAAUCUUUCAUCACCAGCAUUUCCAACAAGAACUACUACGGUGCUGCUAAAGCAAUCCUGUCCGAUAACCCACUGGGUCUGACCUGUGGCAUGGUGUGUCCCACCUCUGAUCUGUGCGUUGGGGGCUGUAACCUCUACGCCUCUGAGGAAGGGCCUAUCAAUAUUGGUGGGCUUCAGCAGUUCGCUACUGAGGUGUUCAGUAAGAUGGGCAUCCCUCAGAUCAGGAAUCCAGAGCUUCCCACGGCGGACAACAUGCCGAAGAGUUUCCACACAAGGAUCGCUCUCAUUGGCUGCGGCCCUGCCAGCAUCAGCUGCGCCUCCUUCCUGGCCCGGCUAGGAUAUGACAACAUCACCAUCUUCGAGAAGCAGAAAUACAUUGGUGGCUUGAGCACUUCAGAAAUCCCUCAGUUCCGGUUGCCCUACGAGGUGGUGCAGUUUGAGAUUGAUCUGAUGAAGGAUCUUGGCGUAAAGGUUGUUCUUGAGAAGGGACUGGGGCAGAAUGGCUUGACUCUGACCUCGCUGAAGGAGGAGGGCUAUCAAGUGGUCUUCAUUGGCAUUGGUCUUCCACAAGCAAACAGGGACAAGAUUUUCGAGGGCUUGACCACGGAACAGGGAUUCUACACAUCAAAGGAUUUCCUUCCUUUGGUUGCAAAAGCCAGUAAAAUAGGCAUGUGUAAUUGCCGCUCACAGCUGCCAAAGCUGCAUGGGAAUGUGAUCGUCCUGGGUGCAGGAGACACAGCGUUCGACUGCGCCACCUCUGCUCUCCGCUGUGGAGCUCGACGAGUCUUUGUGGUCUUUAGAAAGGGCUUCACCAACAUUCGCGCUGUUCCAGAAGAGAUGGAGGCAGCCAAAGAGGAAAAGUGUGAAUUCCUGCCCUUCUUGUCACCUCAUGAGGUAAUGAAGAAAAAUGGACGUGUCUCAGGCCUGCGCUUCUGCCGCACAGAGCAGCAGGAGGAUGGCACCUGGAUUGUGGACGAAGAGCAAAUUGUCCACCUGAAAGCAGAUUUCAUCAUCAGUGCCUUUGGCUCCAUGCUGAAUGAUCCAGCAGUGACGAAGGCCCUGGAUCCAAUAAAGCUGAACCGAUGGGGGACUCCUGAGGUGAACAGCGAAACCAUGCAGACCACUGAACCCUGGGUGUUCGCCGGCGGAGACAUCGCAGGCUUUGCCAACACCACCGUGGAGUCUGUCAACGACGGCAAACAAGCUUCCUGGCACAUUCACAAGUACAUCCAGUCUCUUCAUGGUAACACAAUAAGUGCCACUCCCAGACUGCCCUUGUUCCACUGCGCCAUUGACACAGUGGACAUCAGCGUGGAGAUGUGCGGGAUCAAGUUUCCUAACCCCUUUGGACUGGCCAGCGCUCCUCCCACGACCAGCGCAGCCAUGAUCCGCAGGGCCUUCGAGCAGGGCUGGGGGUUCGCCCUCACCAAGACCUUUGGCCUGGACAAGGAUUUGGUGACCAACGUGUCACCGCGAAUCGUGCGUGGGACAACCUCAGGUCACAUAUUCGGUCCUGGUCAGGGCUCAUUCCUCAACAUCGAGCUCAUUAGUGAAAAAACUGCCGCUUACUGGUGCAAGAGCGUGGCUGAACUCAAAGCCGACUUCCCCAAAAAUAUUAUCAUUGCCAGUAUUAUGUGCAGUUACAACCAAGCUGACUGGACUGAGCUGGCAAAGAUGGCUCAGGAGUCUCAAGCUGAUGCUUUGGAGCUGAACCUCUCCUGCCCUCAUGGCAUGGGGGAGAGAGGUAUGGGACUGGCCUGUGGACAGGACCCUGAGCUGGUGAGGAACAUCUGUCGCUGGGUUAGAAAGGCCACUAGCAUCCCCUUCUUCGCCAAACUCACACCCAAUGUUACCAACAUCGUUGACAUCGCCACAGCUGCUUAUGAAGGAGGUGCGGAUGGAGUCACAGCCACCAACACUGUAUCUGGACUAAUGGCCCUCAAAGCCGAUGCUACACCCUGGCCUGGGAUUGGCAGAGGCGCCAGAACUACAUAUGGCGGUGUUUCUGGUAAUGCAAUCCGGCCCAUAGCUCUACGUGCAGUUUCAGCUAUAGCAAGAGCACUUCCUGGCUUCCCAAUCUUGGCCACAGGUGGCAUCGACUCGGCUGAGUCUGGAUUACAGUUCCUCCAUGCUGGAGCAUCUGUGUUGCAGGUAUGCAGUGCCGUGCAGAACCAGGACUUCACAGUGAUCGAGGACUACUGUUUAGGCCUGAAGGCGCUGCUGUAUCUAAAAAGCAUAGAGGAGCUGCACGAUUGGGACGGCCAGUCUCCUCCCACCAUUCGCCACCAGAAGGGCAAGCCCGUUCCCCAUGUGAGCGAGCUCAUUGGAAAGAGUCUGCCUAGUUUCGGGCCGUACUUGCAAACGAAGACUCAGGCACUGGCGAAGUACAAGAAAGAUGCCAGCGGUGAUGUGAUCAUGGACACCGGCGCUGCUAGAGUAAACAUCCCCAAAAAACCAAUCCCUAAUGUCAAAGAUGUGAUUGCCCGAGCGCUGAGGCACAUUGGCGCCUACCAAGAGCUGGACAACACUGAACAAGUGCAGGCCCUGGUGGAUCCUGAGAUGUGCAUCAACUGUGGCAAAUGCUACAUGACCUGCAAUGACUCAGGCUACCAGGCUAUUAAGUUUGACCCUGAGACUCAUCUUCCUGUAAUCACGGACAGCUGCACCGGCUGCACUCUCUGCCUGAGCGUGUGUCCCAUCAUUGACUGCAUCAAAAUGGUUAGCAGGACCACACCGUACGAGCCCAAGAGAGGCCUGCCCGUUAAUCCCGUCUGCUGAAGCACACCGUCACAGAGCGAAUGACAAAAAACAGCAAGAGCAUCCAUUCCACUUCUAAUUGCUGGGUGAAAAAUUACCUUUAUUAUGAAAACGAAUAAUUAGCCGGCAGAAAUAAUUGCCUUAUAUUCCCAAGCCGGUUAUGCCAGAAUAAUUGCGCUGGCACAGAAAGAGUUGCAUUUUUUCAAAAACAACUCGACAGUGCAAUGUGCCUUUCUGUCCCUUUUCCCUCAAGAGAUGACAAAGAGAUGACAAUAAGAUGUGAGAUGGAGGAUUGAUUGAUUGAUUGAUUGAUUGAUUGAUUGAUUGAUUGAAGUGGUGUUGUUUGCUCUGGUAAGACUGACCAUAAAUAAACAGUAAAGGAGGAAUAUUAAUAAUUGGAACUAUCAAAGAUAAUUGUAUGACUGCUAAGUGUGAUUAAUAAACAUUAUUAGCAUGUA